AUGAAAUCCAAUGGAGGCGCGUCACAGGCAGAACCUCAACCCAACAACAAACAGAACGCAUCCGCGCAACUACACCCGUCUCCUCGAAUUCCUGGUCCUGCUGUACCUCCACCAGACACGAGCGGACUCCAGGAAAUGUCACGGCUCUUCAGGCCGCCGUUUCUAGUCCGGUUACUGCUCGAAUGGGGCGCUGAUGUCAAUGCACCAGCAAACAAGCAUAAGCAUGGAGGAAAGCCUGCCCUGCAAACAGCAGCGCCAGAGAACCAUCGAGUCAUGACGGACCUCCUGGUGCAUCAGGGGGCUGGUGUCAACGGCGUGCCCAGUCCAGUGCGUGGCCGGACCGCUCUCCAAGAGGCUGCAAGCUCGGGUUAUGUGCAGCUCUCUGAAUAUCUACUGGCUCAUGGAGCCGAUGCUGAUGCUCUAGCAGAACAUUUGGGUGGUGUUACAGCCUUGCAAGGGGCCGCAACACGCGGCAACAUUCGCAUUGUGAUGAUGCUGCGUCCGGCCGGGGUAGAUGUCCAUGGAGCUGCAGCAGAGAGUGGCAGGCUUGACACCCUGCAUCUCUGA